UUGAAAAUAACCUAUGUUUUGCACGACUAUAGACCUAAGACCGAAGUAGAUUUAAUCACAGGAUUUAAUAUUGAACAGGCAAUAAUAUUAAAAAUAAAAUGAAACUGUCGAGAGUUUUAUACGCUCAACAUAUCGGAUUUAUGUUUAAAAAGCAUUGGAUGAUACAGGGCAAACGAGUGCCUAUAGAUACAGGUAUCGAACAGUAUUUAAAAGAAAAGGGCAUAAAAGUUGAAGAUGCUCUAGAAUUUGUGAAAGAAGAACCAGUUUUGCAUGAAAGGCUUAACAUCGUAGGGCCUUAUGAAAGACCUUUGCCUUUAGACCAAAAUCACCCAGAUUACAAGGAAAAACCAUGUUACACCCUUAAAAAUACAACUGUUCUUCUGGAAGGUGUUGCCCAAGCACAAGUUUUGACAAAAACUGUCAUAGCUCAAAAUAAACUUCCACCAAGAAUAGAAGAGUUGGCAACACUACCAGCACCUAAAGCUGUUCACGAAGGAGUUAAAAAAGCAAUCUUAAGUGCGAAUGUAUUUGAUUGCGAACAGAAAAAAUUGCCAAAAAUCAAAGAUUCAGAGAGACCAGCAUAUAACUUUCCUCGGAUUUUAGGAAUAUCAGACAGGCGUAGAAAUGUAAUCUUAACAAACAGAUUAAUACAACUUGUUGAAAAGAGCAGCGAUGUUGAUGUCACUCAGAACAAGUAUGUUGUAAAUGAUGUUGAAUGUAGCACUCUAUUUGACAAAGACGACGAACUCAUACAAUUUCAGGAGAUAUCCAACAUUCUAGUCACAAGUAAUAAGCCCCUGAAACAUGACAUAGAAGAUGAUACAGACUUCAUUGACAUACCUGAUUUAUAUCCUGUAAAGCAUACAGUGACAUUACCAACUGAGCAUUUCUAUAAUGAGUCUAGUAAAUACCCAAUCCGGUCAACCGUUGCCUUGAAAUAUCCCCACACCACGUGGCUGCACUACAAUCCUACAGAGGUGAAGAACAUCUAUGAAGAGCCAGUAACCAAUCACCAAGUGCUUGGACGUUCGUUGACUCAUGCCUUUACUGUUGCUUCCGCAUUCGCAAAACAAUUAUAUGGGGAAGAUGUAAAAGACUUGCCGGAACCUGUACAUGUAAAUUGUAUACAAACAGAUGGCCAGAAUUACCAUUUUGGAGUAUUUGAACUGAAUACAUUAAAUGUUGACGGUGUGGAGGGCACUAAGAAUGUAUGGUAUUGCAAGAAUGAUAUGAAGUUGUACGACUCAAGCCGUUAUUUCAGUGGAAUGCCGUCAUUAGAAAACUACAACCCUAAAGUAUAUGGCUAUAUAAAUGCCUUUUACAAUUGUUAAGUUAAAUUACUGUAUAGUUGUAUAGUUAUAGUCUAAUAAAUAAAUAUAGUUU